AUGUCGUCUUCGAUCCCAGGACCAGUACCGUUACCUCAGUCUAGAUAUGAAUUAAGCACAUACUGGGGACGCGUCAAACACUGCGCGGAAAUCUCCGACCCUACAAUGCUUCUAAACACAUCCAAAGAUAUUGAAACUGCAAAACGAAUGAUUUGGGAUUAUAAGAAUGGAGUUAUUCCUACCAUGACUCCGGAAUUAUGGAGAGCUAAGAAAUUACUCGAUUCAACGUUGCAUCCAGAUACGGGCAAAACUGUUUUCCUUCCGUUUAGAAUGUCAUCAUGUGUGUUAUCGAAUUUAGUGGUAACGGCAGGUAUGUUGACACCCAAUCUAGGCACUGCGGGAACACUAUUCUGGCAAAUUGCUAACCAGAGUUUGAAUGUUGCUAUUAAUAUUGAAAACUCCAACAAAUCACAUCCGUUGACGACAAGAGAAAUCGCAACAAACUACACAAUGGCUGUUACAGCUUCUUGUUCAGUGGCACUAGGUUUAAACUCCAUUGUUCCCAAAUUGAGAAAUAUCAGGCCCAAUACAAGGCUUAUUUUGGGAAGGUUGGUGCCUUUUGCUGCGGUUGUCUCGGCUGGUAUUGCUAAUGUCUUUUUAAUGAGGAGUCAGGAGUUGAAAAAGGGGAUUAUAGUGUACGACAAAGAAGGACAAGAAGUGGGUACCUCAAAAAUCGCUGCUUGGUAUGCUGUUGGAGAAACUGCUGCAAGCAGGGUCAUUAACGCGACUCCAAUUAUGGUUAUACCCCCUUUAAUCUUGGUGAGGUUGCAAAAAUCCAGAUUAUUAAAAGGGAAAUCCAAGACGGUUGAGACAUUAACCAACAUCGGAUUGAUUUUUGUCACCUCUCUAGCAGUUUUACCGUUUGCAUUGGCAGUUUUUCCACAACGUGAAACUUUACAUGCCAGCAGAUUGGAGGAGAAGUUCCAUCAUUUGCAAGAUGCAAAGGGAAACAAAAUCACCGAAUUAGAAUUCAACAGGGGUAUUUAA